CGUCCUGAGGCUCCCAAAGCUCCCGCCGCCCCCGCACCAGGUCCCGCCGGCCGCAGACCGGGCCCCCGCCGUCACCGGGCCAGGCACCGGCACCAUGUCGGUGGCGGGGCUGAAGAAGCAGUUCUACAAAGCGACCCAGCUGGUCAGCGAGAAGGUCGGAGGGGCCGAAGGGACCAAGUUAGAUGAUGACUUCAAGGAGAUGGAAAAGAAAGUGGACGUGACCAGCAAAGCUGUCACAGAAGUACUGACCAGAACCAUAGAGUACCUCCAGCCCAACCCAGCUUCCAGAGCCAAGCUCACCAUGCUGAACACCAUGUCCAAGAUCCGAGGGCAGGUGAAGAACCCUGGGUACCCCCAGUCCGAGGGGCUGCUGGGGGAGUGCAUGAUCCGCUAUGGGAAGGAGCUGGGAGAGGAUUCCAACUUUGGGGACGCACUCCUCGAUGCUGGUGAGUCCAUGAAGCGCCUGGCAGAGGUGAAGGAUUCUCUGGACAUUGAAGUCAAACAAAACUUCAUUGAUCCCCUGCAGAACCUGUGUGACAAAGACCUGAAAGAGAUCCAGCACCAUCUCAAGAAGCUGGAAGGGAGGCGCCUGGACUUUGACUACAAGAAGAAGCGACAGGGCAAGAUCCCCGACGAGGAGCUCCGGCAGGCCAUGGAGAAGUUUCAGGAAUCCAAGGACGUGGCAGAGACCAGCAUGCACAACCUCCUGGAGACAGAUAUCGAGCAGGUGAGCCAGCUGUCAGCCCUGGUGGAUGCACAGCUGGAUUACCACAGGCAGGCCGUGCAGAUCCUGGACGAGCUCGCCGAGAAGCUCAAGCGCAGGAUGAGGGAGGCCUCCUCACGUCCCAAACGGGAAUACAAACCCAAGCCCAGGGAGACCUACGACUUCAGGGAGACUGACCAGUCCAACGGGGGCUUCCCCUGCAACCCCACCCCCAAAGUCUCAGCAGCUUCCACCUCUUUCCGGUCGGACAAGCCGUCCCGGGCCUCCGUCAGGAGUAUCCCCCCCCUGGACCAGCCCUGCUGCAAAGCCCUCUACGACUUCGAGCCCGAGAACGACGGCGAGCUGGGCUUCAAGGAGGGCGACAUCAUCACCCUGACGAACCAGAUCGACGAGAACUGGUACGAGGGGAUGAUCCACGGCCAGUCCGGCUUCUUCCCGCUCAACUACGUGGAAGUGCUGGUCCCGCUACCUCAGUGAGAGCGCCGCUCCCGCCCCGAGUGUCCCGAGCUCCAUUCCAGCUCCAGCCCUGCCCUCCCCGCCUCUCCUCGGGGCCGGGCGCUACCAGGGAACAAACCAGAAGGGUCCCACGGCCCCUUCCCCCCGUGAAUUUGGUUCUUUUCUUUUUUGUUGUUGUUGUUUUUUGGGGUUUUUUUAUUUUUAUUUUUUUGUCCUUCUGGUGCUUGAACUUCGGUACUUUGCGCGCCCCCAGCCCCGGCUGUGCCAUUGGCACUGCCUUGUCCUUGUCCUUUUCCUGUCCUUCUCCGUAUCCUUGUCCCUGUCCUUGUCCUGUCCCUGUCCCUCCCCACUUCCCGUCUUUCCUUUGGGUCCAGUGCCCAGAUGAGCCAGGUGGGACAGCCAGGAUGUGUCUGGGACACUCCAUGAGCCAGGUGGGACAGCCAGGAUGUGUCUGGGACACUCCACACGGCCCCGGGGCAGAGCAGCCCCAGCCCCAAUCCCAAUCCCACCCUCCUGCCCCAGCAAAUGCUGCCCCUAUCCCCAGGGAUCCCAGAGGGAUCAGGGAAGGGGAGCUGAGGCACAGCAACACUACAACACCCAGCAAACACUAAGGCAGCCCUGCAGGGCAGGUGCUGAGCCCUGCCUGGGGCUUGGAGCCAUUCCCAGCUCUCAGAGCCAUCCCUGCCCAUCCUGGAGGGACAGGAGGGAUGUCCCCUGCCCGCCUGGCCCCCUCCCCACAGAGCUCAGCCCCGUGAGGGGAAGCUGCUCCUUCUGCCCAUGCUUUUUUCCUGGACCUCAGGCUUUUCCUGCUGCAAACUCUCCCAGGUCGGUCACACCUGGAGGGGGGGGGAGCUGGGCCACAGCCCCGGGUGUCUCUGUGCUGGGGCAGAGGUUGUGGCUCCUCUACCCGGGGCUCUGCACGUUCCCCUUUCCCGGGGAUCCCUCCUGUGGCUGGGGCUCACCUGGACCUCAGGUGCCUUUCCUGAGCCCCCACCCUGCCCCUAGCCCCCUCCCUGGGGGCACUGCACCCCUCUGCCCUGGAUUGGUGGGAAAAGGGAUGGUUCAUCUCGGUGUCACUUCUGGCACCCUUUAUCCCUCAGCUGUCCCUUUCCUGGCCAGGAGGUGGGGCUGGGGUUGGGAUGUGGCUGCAGAGCAGUGCUCAGCUCCGUGGUUUUCCUUUCUAAAAUGGGUUCUUCUCCUCCUGGGGCAGAGAGGGGCCCCAGCUCAGUGCAGGGCUGUGCUGCAGCUCCAGCUCCUCUAGAAAGGAUUUGGUCCGUGCAUGUCCACGUGUGUCUGACCCCCGUGCCCCAAGCAGUGACCCCAGCCCCGGGGUGGGGUGCAGGGCAGCCCCCCUGCUCCCAGCAGGGCAGGGAGCCCGAGGGACCAGAGUCCUGGGGGCCCUUCCUGCUGUCCCCUCCCGGGUGGGACCAGGGUCACAUCCCGGGGACACCCUCAGGUGGAUUGAAAUGUGUUCUGUCAGCUGGGACAACUCGCUAGAUUUUUUUUUUUUUUUUUUUUUUUUUGGUAAUGGUUUCUCCUGGAUUUUAGGGGAAAAAGUGAUGACCCACAAUUCUUGACUUGUAUCUCUGAAUGAAAGUAUUAAAUGUUUUCUUCUUUCUAAUGGCUGCAUCAUGGAAUCAGGGAAUGGUUUGGGUUGGAUGGAACCUGGAAGUUCAUGGACAGGGACACCUCCCAUUGUCCCAGGCUGCUCCAAGCCCCAUCCAACCCAGCCUUGGACACUUCUAGGGAUCCAGGGGCAGCCACAGCUGCUCUGGGAACCUGUGCCAGGGCCUGCCCACCCUGCCAGGGAGGAAUUUCCUCACCCAUCCCUUCGGUCCAGGCCAUGGCAGGAUGUCCCCAAGCCAGCAGAGCCGCCUCUCAGGAACUGCUCUUUAAUCAAACUACCACUGCCACAAACCACUGACCCCGGGACUCCCCGACCAGCACGGCUGCCCCCAGGGCACGGCGGGGCCGGGGGAGCUCCGGGAGCUGCCCCGGGCUGGUCUGGGUGAGCCCCGGGGCUGCCGAGCCCUGCCCGGGCUGCGGGA